CUCCUCGGUGCGAGGGGGCGGGGACAAAGUUACCAGGUAACCAGUCAAACAGUCCGGUGAUAGGAUGGCGAUGCGGAAGGACUUGAAGUCUAAUGCAAGCAGCAAGUUGGUGAUCACCUCCGUUGCCUUUCAAGACCACAUCACGCGGAGCCUGCUGCAGUCAGAUGUCUCACUGUCUGACCCUUUCCUGAGAUGCAAAAGAAAAGCAGCCACAAGCCCACAUGCAAGAGGAAGAGUGGAAGGUUUGCAGAGGCCGGAUGACUGGCGAGACGAGAGGGAAUAUGUUCUGGAUCCUGCUCCUCCUACUUUAACAUUAGCCCAGAAGAUGGGAUUGGUGGCUCCCCCAGCAGAGAGACUGAUGGAGGACGAAUGGCUGCAGGUCAAGGCGAGGUCCGUUCAGCAGGGGGAAUCCGCUCAGCCCUGUGCGAUAUGCAGGGAGGAGUUUCGCCUGCAGCCUCAGGUGCUGCUGUCUUGCUCUCAUGUUUUCCACAGAGCAUGUCUACAGGCCUUUGAAAGAUUUUCAGGGAUGAAGCGCUGCCCUAUGUGCAGGAGGGAGCAGUAUGAAACACGCAUGAUACACGAUGCAGCUCGCCUCUUCAGACACCAGAGUGCCACCAGAAUCCAAGCAUGCUGGCGAGGCUACGUCGCUCGAAAGUGGUACAAGCGUAUGAGGAAAACAAUCUGCCCAAAAGACAAACGGCUGCGACGCAAAUUCUUUGAGGCGAAGUUGCAGGAGUUGAAUGACAGCUUUGUCCGAUACUGUCACACCGACACGGAGGCUUUUCUGAGUGAUAUCGACCGCUCCCUGUCAUCAAGCAGACGAGUGUUCCAGCAGUUGGAGAGAAAGAGCGUCUCUGAACCACAGGAGAACGACUGGGACCGAAUACAGAGCCAGGCUAUCCAGAGAGAUGUGUGGGACUGUCCCAUCUGCCUGACUGCAGUGUGCAGCCUGAACCUCUCAACACAAGCUGCUACAUCCAACCGUCAUCAACACAGACGAACGGUGCUGCUGUCCUGUUCCCACCUUUUCCACCAGCUUUGUUUAGAGGCCUUUGAGUCGUUUGCAGCCGUCAGCAGACCUUCAUGUCCCCUGUGCAGAUCUGCCUACCACAAAAGACUCAUCUAAAACAGAUGGAUGCAGCGAUCAACCAUCUCACAUCCCGACUCAACUGGGCAGUGGGGAAAACACUCAACACCCCUGGAUUAGAAAAGAGGGAUGGAGAGCAAUAGAGAGAAAUAAAGGAGGAGAGAACAACAGAGAGAGACUGAUGGAGGAGAGGAGUCAACGGCUGAGCGCAUCUCGUUCCCCUGAGGUAAGAGAGGUGAGAGAGGAAUGCUUUCAGGGACUUCAGCCACAUCCCACACGCGCUCUCUUAAGGAUGCGUCGGGAUGAGCAGAAGUCAUAGGCAGGACGUGCCUCUGCUCAUGUGCACUGGUCCACCUUAACAGGCUGCCCAUGCCAUGCUGAAGGUGUAUUCCCUUUAGAUAGGUCUCUCAAUCAUUUAUAAGACUCAAAUCAUUACCCAUUCAGAUCAUUUAGGGCAAAGGCAAUGCUUGUCACCUCCCUUACUAUCACCCCUGGUUCCUGCCUUGCUGGAGGAACAAUCCUCAGUGUCAGACAUGAUUUGACUGCACGAGAGAAAGAGGACACUGCUCUGAGAGGCCUGAUUGGUUUCACUCAUCUAUCCACAUGCAUGACAUUGCACAUUCAAAUUCCUGUCUAUCCUCAUCUAUUCUAGCAUCAUUUGUUCCUCAUCACAAAGGUAAAGAAGACCGAUUGUAAGCUUUGAAAUAAAUGAUGGUUUAAAAAUAAAAAAAUCCUAGGGAGCCAUCAUCAUUGAUCAAAGAUAAAACUGUCAACUGAUGAAGAACAAGAGAGAAAAAAAGAAAAGAAAAACGACCUGUGCUUUGGCAUUGAGAGCGCCUGCUGAAAGUUUCUAUUCUUGCCAUUCUAAAUGUGUAACUACCUCUAAAUAUAGCAGCUCUGAAAUAUUCAGCAUCCCCCGAUCCUCACACUGACAUCGAGUGAGGGCCUGGUUAACUGCAGCUAUGUUGUACAAGACUGGAGAGACUUCCAAGAAAUGCAUGUGGUGGCCAGAGAGGAAAGUAACCGCUUCAUAUGCACAAGCAAACAAACAAACAUGCAUGAAUUCACACUGCUCCGACACACACGUAGAUCGAAAGCUAGACACACGAGCAGCCAAAUACAUCAACCUCCAAAUCCACCCAAUUACACAAAGCCACAGAGGGCUUGGAAACAGUUCACAAGCUUUGUGCUGCAGAAAAACAAAAGAACAAUCUGGGAUACAGAGUCAGGGGUGAUACUUUGGGAAGGUUGUGUUGGAUGAGAAGGACUCAUAAAAAAACAGACAAAGGAAGAGUUAGGUGGUGCGGGAGCUUCCUUGUUGCUGCCAUCAAUCCUUAGCAGGUCAGCAGGCGGUGGCAGAGAUCAUCCCGCGGCCCAUCCUUCUGCUCACCGUCAUGGACGUGUGGAACAAGGGCAGAGAAUCUAAUAAGCGAGGGAGGGGGGCAGGGGCUGCCCUCUUUGCUAAAGACAUGCCAGAUGCCCAGGACCUUAUUAGUGUAUCCUUCAACCAGUCGGCUGCAGCAGCGCAAUGACCGUGUCAAAGACAGAAAGCAGAGGAGAGGGACACUCCCCUGUAAAGCUGCAGAAUGAACUUCUAAAGACUCUUAAUAAGACUUAAUAAGCACCAAUGGCACGAGAGCAUGGAAAAUGAUCGGCAUCACGUCGUAUUGUUCAAACCGUUGGGGUGUGGGGAGGGGGCAGCUUUCAGUAAUAUUGUGAUAUGAAGGGAAACUUUGAAAAGGCUGCUCUGUAUUUUCAGUUAAGUUUUAUCUGCUUUCCUACAAUGACCACGAAAUGUUCCGACAACAGAAAAGUUAGCGGCCACCUACAUAAUCCUCUACCCUUCUUAAAGCGUAUGUGUGUAUGAUAGAAGACAAGCAGAGAGCCCCCGUUUUCAUAAAA